GGGCCGGAGCGGUUGGUGUGGGUGCCACCUUCGCACGGCCGGCGGGCCCCUGCGAGCAGAAGCAGCUGCCCUCGGCUGGCAGGGCGGCGGCCGGAGGCGGAUGCCGCGGCCGCCCGACUCGGGCCCCGCGCCAGCCCUGCGACGUGGAGGUGAUGCGCGGGGCCCAAGGAAGCGAGGCCGGCGGCUGGGGCCCGGCAAGGCGGGAGGCCCUGAGGCCGUGGAGCGCGAGGGGAGCUCGCAAAAGAGGAGAAUGGUCAGCCGGGCGUCCGGGAGAGGAGAGACGGGCGCGUCGGCCAAGGAAAAAAGAAAAGUUACUGAAUCCUCAAGUGAUGAUCCACAGCCAGGGACUGACCUGGUAAGAAAGGAAUCAUUAACCAGUUCGGAAUCUUUCCAAACAGUGGAGUGCAGUGGAUUUCAAAGUACAGCUUCCUUGCAGUCUUUGGGUAAGGAAGGUUUGGUAGAAGGUAUUAAAAGAAGACUUCAGAUUAAAAAUGUUGAAAACUUAGAAAGCCCACCUCUCAAAAUAACUGCAAAUAAGGCUACACAAAAUAUUAAGGUUGAAUUCCAAGAUGAACUGUACAAGAAUACUCUGAAAUAUUCUUGUAACAGCUUGUCACCUGAAGUAGAAACUAAUUCCAUUUUUAAAUUACAUUAUUACAAUUGUUUCCCCCAUACUAAGGGUUGUAAUGAUGAAAAUAACCUUACAUAUAAGCCUGACAGUGGAUGUACGCAUAUACCAGAAAAUUCCUUGAAGUUAAAGAAAGAAAACCUUAGGAGUCUUGCAGACAAGAGUGACACAAAUAAUACUCCUCAGCUUUUACAAACUGAAGAAAACUUAGUGGGAGUAAAUAAGUUAUUGCUUGAAGAAAAUGAUUUAUACCAAACUAAAAAUAAUGGCUUGCUUUCCUGCCUUCAAAGUGAAAAAAAUAAAUACUCAGUAGAGGAGAGCAAUGUUGGGAGAAAACCCAGGAAAAGGAUGAAGGUGUCUGAAAAAGGAGAUGAAAUAGUUAUUGAGGCAAACUUCUCUAACGUAUGUAACAAGCCUGGGUUGGUAUUACAAGGAAACCAAAUGGCUGCUGAGAGUAAGGAAGCAGAGGCUAAGAAAUGUCCUUCAGAACAUUUUAGAAAAGUGAACCAUAAUACAGUCUCUCCAAUAGACCAUUUAUUAAGUCUUCCAGAAACAGGAAAGAAAACAAGCCCUGAACAUCAUGUAAAUGCUGUAUUUCAGAAAACCCUUGAGCCACUUUUGAAAGAGGAAACAAAGAAUACUUCAGAGCCCUUGGAAUGUAAAAUUGUGGAGCCAAAAGAGUAUUUUAAGUCUGUGAAAAGCUCAGUAGUGAAAUCACCUAGUGAUUGCCAUCCUAUUGAAAAGAGAUAUUCACAAGAAGAAUUGAGAAAUGAAGCUGACGAAUCAAAGUUAAGCUGUCAAAGAACAGUACCAAUGACUGGUAAAAGAAUUUGGCCUUUUUAUUCAUGUGCUAGAGUAUCUGCUCUAUGUUGGAAAAAGACUUCCUUGCCAGAUUCAAAUAACUUUCUUCCUGGGUUUCAGGAAAAUUCUAGGCAGGAUGAUUUUCUUAAACACCAAACAAAUCAAACUCACUUCACUGACUCCAAAUUAUCAUUACAAAGUCCCAUAACAGAAACAAACAAUGAAUAUUCAAAUAAAGAAAAAUUGGAUUCUAAUUUAAAGUGUUUAUCUUCAGUCAGUAUAGUAGAACCUUCUCUAAUGGUUAUAAAAGAACCUAUAAUCGAUGAUAAAAAGAUGAAGUCAGAAGAACCAAGCAGAAGUUUGUCAGAGAUAGUUUCUAAUACUACUGAAGAUACUCAGUUUACUAAGGUGACUCAAAACUUAAUGGGAAGUAAGAAAAAAGAUAGAGGAAAUUUAACAAAACUUAAUCUGACAGUGGCUUCCCAGAAUGACCAACAAGCAAGUAACUCUACAGGUGAAACUGCUCAUCGAAAAGCCUGCAUUGCGAAGCAAACACUUGUGGUUCCAGACUUCGUUAAAAUAUUGAACACAGGACGGCUAACUAAUUUUAAAAUUCCUUUACUUAAGAAUAAAGCAGAAAAAAAAGAAAGAAAUGCCAAGUCAUUGGAGAGAGAAGCAUAUAGUCCUCUAGAGCUUCUUGACAGUUUAUCUGGAGCAGAGGUGAGACAGAAUAGGAGUAAAGAAAAUGUCUUCACAGUAACUUCAGGACCUCAAUCUUUGAGCAUACAAAGUAGUGUAACUCCAAUGCAAACUAGUUCUGACUUGUACUGCAAUAAGAAUUCCUGUAGUAUUUCUCCAAGCAUUUUAAAGCAAGGUAACAAUAAUAAACCAUCAAAUCAAUUCUCUGAACCAGGUAAUUUUAUUUCCAAAAAGGAAGCUGUUUCUGUCUCAGUUGAAAGUAAUACUUCUUGUGAUCCUGGGUGUAUAAAGAAAAGUCCUGCCUUCUCUAAUGAACAAGAAACAUUCAGACAAGUUUCUUCUGAAAUUAGUGGCAGAGAAGUGACUAAGAACUUCUCAGAAAUUAAAGUGGGGUUUCUAGAUAUUCUUAAAGCAUAUGAAGAUGAUGUCCUCUUAAUUGAUGUAAUUCACGAUGACCCAGAUCUCUUUGGAGUCUCCAAUGAAGGGGAGUUCUUACUUACUGCAGAGAUCCCCAUGAUAAGCCAGGAGCCCAACAUCACUGAGGAGCACCAGUCAACAGACUCCAAGCACAUGGAACUUCCAGAAAAAAAAGAACCAAGCAAUAACUUGAGAGAGGCUCCUGUACUGGAUCCUGGAUUGAUGAGGUCAGAGAUCUGUGCUUCCUUCUCAGCAGCAAAUGAGUUAAAACAUGAUUCCAAAGGUACAAACAUUUCUUUAGGAGAAGUUACGGAUGAGACCUCUGAAAAUGAAAAGUCAGGAGACUUCAGUGAAAAGAUAACAGUUUCAGACUUGGAUGAAAAGAGUAGAUUUUCAGACAAGGUAACUCUUAAAGAAGAAAAAGAAAAUAGUUAUGAAGUUUGCAAAAGCAAAAAUUCUAAAAAUACAGAUAUUAUGGUUGGUGAAUGUGAAUUAGCAGCGCUGGGCCCAAAAUCUCUGUGCUUAUCAGUGCCGCCGCUGAAUCUAAAUGCUCAUCAAGAAGACACAUUACUAAAACCCUGGAUGAAUGAUUUCAGAUUUCCAGGAAAACAUUCUCUUCUAAAGCUGCAGAAUUCUGAAACUUAUGAGAUAGUCAAGAGGGAAAAAAAUGUAGGGGUGUUCCAGAAACCCCUAGGGUUGAUGAUACCUCAUAGGUAUUGCAAAUUUCAUUUUAAUACAUUACGUGGCUGACUCGCUAGUGUUACGUUCAAACGAGUACACGGACUCGUUCCCCUACAAAAGGUAAAAUAUGUUUGCAUGGAUGUGUUUAAGAAGUACAUAAGUAUCAAUGAGCUGUGUUUGCUGCAACGUGCAGUAAAUAUAUUUAUGGAGUACUACAGAAAGUUUCCUCCAGGUAUAUACUUUGAUUUACAAGUGCUAAAUGAUCUUCUAAAUUCUUUACUCAAACAUUGUUUAUUGAAAGAAGUAUUUGAGGUAGUGAACCUCAGCAUAAUGGUUAAAAUGCUGCCUGCUCUGAAAAUAUUACUAGAAAUAUUUGAGCAUGUGGCAACUAUGAAAUUAAGGAAUGCUGUGCCUGCUUUAAUUGAUAUCCUUUGCAAGCUUAUUGAAGCUGGGAUGGUGUUUGACCCAGAACACCUUAACUACAUUGCUAAACUUUUAUACCAAGUACAGGCUUCCAAACAAGAAAUAACUGCAGUUCUGGGUUUGGAAUCCAGGUUGCAAAUGAGGCAAUUUAAAAAGAACUGGAAGUGUGAUUUAGAUUCAGCCUUGAAUGAAAUGGAGCAUUGUAAAGAAAAAGGUGACUGGACCAAAUUGGGAAGUUUAUACAUUAACAUAAAAAUGAGCUGUGAAAACUUUGCAGAUUUCCAGAGAUUUUGUGCUUGUAUUGCCGAAACACUAACAAAAGUCUGUGAAGACAAGAGACCAAGUGUACCAUUUUGUGAAUUUGCUGAAACAGUUACCAAAGGUCCACAAAACAGUGAAGUAGAUAAAGCUUUUCUGGGAAGAAUCGGAAUCAGUGUUAUGUACUUCUAUCACAAGCUGUUGCAGUGGUCCAAGGGAAGAAAGGUCUUAGAUAAACUCUAUGAAUUAAAAAUACAUUUUACAAGUUUAAAGGGACUUACAGGACCCGAGAAGUUAGCACCAAGGUGUCAAAUUGUGAAUAUUGCAGCAGAAAUUUUUCUAAAAAGUGGAAGCCUAGAUGGUGCCAUUUGGGUACUAAGGGAGUCAGAAUGGAUAAUCAAUACACCACUGUGGCCUUGUGACAGACUGGAUGUACUCAAUCGACAUAAUCUGCUCUGUACAAUUGCACACGAAUUCUUAGCCAAGAGCCUUUACAGACAGACAUUUGAAGUUUUGCAAAAUCUACCAGGUUUUCAAAAUUCUCAAGAAGCUGUGGAGGUCUCACAGUAUAGCCUUCUUUUUAAUAAACUUCUAGAUGCCUGUAUAGAAAGCAACAAUCUUGGUAUGUCAUCUUCUGUAGCAGAAUUCAUGAUUUCAAAGAGCAUCCCUAUUGAUUUUUCCUUUCUUAGAAGAUUAAUUACUUCUUUAGGAAGAAGUUGUUUAUGGAUCAAAGCCAGAGCCCACUACAAAAGUGCUCUUUCAUUGGGUUUCUACCCACCACUGAAGGGAAAUUUAUACCGAAAACUUCUGUUGAUGCCAUCUUAUUUAUCUGAGAUUGAAAUGCUUUUAGCUAUUGAAAUCUUCCUCGUAUCUAAUGCUAGUAGUAUUCAGAGUCCUGGAACUUCUACACAGAUGCUGCAGAUAGUUUUGAAAAGAUGUGAAGAAAACAAAUCUCGGAGCAAGGAUGAUUACCAAGCUGCAGUGGAAAGAUUAAUAAUGGCUGCUCGUUUAUCGGAUCCAAAGCUUUUCAUUAAACACAUGACCGUCAAUGUUAAUAAAGAACAGGUUUAUAGUUUGGAACAUUGUUCUGCCCUGAAAUGGUUAAAAGAGAAUAUGAAGUGGGCUGGGAAGGUUUGGCUUUUCAGUAACCAUUAGUUAAUAAAGGCAUUGUUUUUUUUAAGUUCAAGUAAUUAUUGUUGA